GGCUCGAGGCGCGCGCGCGCGCGCCCACUGGGCGCCCCUGCGCGCCCGUGGGCAGCCGACAAGGCUGCGGCCCCCCGCCGGUCGCGCUGGUCCGGCCGCGCCGCCGGGGGGGCCCUCAGCCUGAGGGAUGGCGUCGGAGUCGGUGGCGGACAACUUCAGUUCCCGCGAAGAUGCGAAGAAGGCGAAGCAGCUGCAGGAGGCCCGCGCCGCCGGAACGGCGGCGCCCGAGAUCGAUUCGUCCACAGGGGCCAUGAUCAACCCGCACAACCCGCAGUUCAUCACGUCGGCGCCCUGGUACCUGAAUCAGAGCAAGCCGUCCUUGAAGCAUCAGCAAGCUUGGAAUAUGAAGGAGGCAGGAACGAAGGAAUGGUACAAGAGGGGCACAAAAGGCGAUGUCAAGACCAAGUUCAUGAAAGGCGCCUGCGAGAACUGCGGAGCGAUGACGCACACCAAGAAGGACUGCGUCGAGAGACCCCGGCAAGUAGGCGCCAAGUUCAACGGCAAGAACUUAAUGCCCGACGAGUACGUAGAGACGCUGGACCUGGACUACGACGGGAAGCGCGACAGGUGGAACGGCUUCCAGGCGGACGAUUACAAGGAGGUGAUCGACGAGUGGGAGAAGGUGGAGGCAGAGCGUAGGAAGGUGAAGGCGGCCCAGAUGGAGGAGAGGGCCAAGCUCAAGGAGCGCCUGAAGGCCCAGAAAAAGGACCUCAAGAAGAAGCGGAAGCAGCGGAGGCGGCAGCUGCGGCGGAUGGCUGAGGGCCGCGACACCGACACCGGCGACUCGGACACCGGCACUGGCGAUUCCGACAUGAACGACUCCGACACCGACAGCGACACAGACAGCGACAGCGACGCCUCAGACGACGAGGACCUUGGCGAGAAGAUGAAAGACUUCGACAAGACAACGGCGACCACUGGUACUAAGGACGACAAGUUGAGAACAACCACGAGGAAUCUGCGUAUCCGAGAAGACACUGCCAAGUAUCUGCUCAAUUUAGACGUGAAUUCAGCCUUCUAUGACCCGAAAUCCAGGGCGAUGCGCGACGAUCCCCUCAAGCAUCUCAAGGAUGAGGAGAAGGGCGCCUUCCGCGGAGACAACUUCCUGAGAAGCUCUGGCGACUCGAAGGCGCUGACGGAGCUUACGGUGUUUGCUUGGGAUUCGUACAAGCAUGGGGAGAAGGUCCACGACUUGGCGAUGCCGACGCAGGCGCUGAAGAUGUUCCAGGUCUACAAGCAGAGGGCCAAGGACCUGAAGGAUACGCAGCAGAAAGAGCUUCUCGACAAGUACGGCGGGGAGCAGCACCUGAACGCGCCCACGGACAGAGCUCAUAUUCGCGCAGAACGACAACUACGUCGAGUACUCGCGGGACGGCCGGGUGCUGAAGGGGCGCGAGCGGGCCCUCGUCAAGUCGAAGUACGAGGAGGACACGUUGGUGGGCAACCACUCGUCCAUCUGGGGGUCCUGGUACGAUUCAGUAUCUGGCAGGUGGGGAUUCGCCUGCUGCCACCAGACGAUGAAGAACGCCUACUGCGUGCCCCUGCGGCGGCACGCCGAGGCGCCCGAGGGCGAGGAGGAGCCCGCCGAGGAGGCGCUGGAGCAGGCAGGGCUGACGCCGCGGCGGCCUCCGCCUCCGGCGGCGCCGCGGUGGCCUCCGCCUCUGGCGGCGGCGCCGCCGCGGCCGCCGCGGCCGAAGAGGCGGAGGACGCCGGGAAGGCGUCCUCGAGCUCCGACUCCGACGGCUCCAGCAGCGACGAGGGCGGCGGCGCGGGCCAGAAGGAAGCCACCGCCGAGAAGCGCAAGGCCAAGGCCCUGGCGGGCCUGAAGCUCAUGGCCGGCGGCGAGCAGGGCGGCGAGGCCGCCGCGGCCUCCGCGGCCGCCCCGGACGGCGCGGAGGCCGCGGCCGCGUACAAGCUCAGCGAGAAGAAGAAUUCGGGCUUCGGCCACGUCCUCGAGGACCAGGUUGCGGCGCUGGACCAGAAGGCCGUCGCGAAGGCGGUCGAACAGGAGAAGAAGCGGAGGAAAACCGAAAAGGCGAAAUUGUCCAUAGACGACGAGCGGAACCGCAAGUACAACUCUUUCGGCAGCGACGGGCAAUCCACAGACGUCACCGCCGAGGAUCGGAACUGGAGGCCUACCGCUUGUCCAAGAUGCGCGGAGACGACCCCAUGGCGCAGUUCAUGUGAGGCGCGUGAGUCCGUGCGGACGCGCCCGCGCGGUGAGCUCCGCGCGCGGCCGACGUGGACGUCCGCGCCCAGCGGUCUGCUCCAGCCUCCCUUCUCCCUCCUCCUCCAGUCAAGUUGAGGAGGGAGAAGGGAGGCAUGAGGAAGAUGAGG